AUGCCAAUAUUCUUCAAACGCAUGAAAGAAUACACAUACGAGAAACUAAACCCCAAUGAACUCCCAAAAUCCUCAAAAACAACCUUCAACUGGCAGAUUGGCCUCCCAUGGAUCCUGUCCGCAAUCUUAGCGCUCUUCUCAGGUUAUCUAUUAUUCCGGCAACCAGCAACUCAUGGAGCGUAUAGAACCGACUUCCCAGACGUGCAACCAUAUGUCACCUAUGAAGAACGUACUUUCACGGGAAAGUUCUACUACAAUGAGGAAACACAGAUGAUAGAACGAGAGGUAGAUCCUACAAAACCUCAAUAUGCGGGUCCGCCUAGUCCUGAGAUAGAUGCUGCGUGGGCUGAGUUGCUUCGUGGAGAAUUCCCUGCAAUAACAGACCAAGAAGCAGCACCCUACAAACCCAAUAUCAAAAAGUUCCCAGACACAGGUAACUACCACUUCGAACUCGAUGUCUUCCACUCCCUCCACUGCCUAAACUAUAUCCGCAUGUACGUAGAUAAAGAUUACUACUCCACUCACCUCGAACACCACGACAGCUUUCGAAAAAAUUCGUCCCAUAUCCCGGAUGACUGGGGCCAGGUGCAUCUCCACCAUUGUCUGGACCAGGUUGUGCAGUCGGUGAUUUGUCAUGCGGAUUUGUCGCCCGUGCCGAUGUAUGGGUGGAAGGGGGUGCCGGUGUUCUUGGGCGUGGGGCAGACACAUACGUGUCGGCGGUGGGAUCAUAUACGGGAGUGGAUGGAUGCGAGAAAUGAGGUUUAUGAGCCGCUUGAGGAGGAAUAG